AAUAGCGCCAAAUUUCGUUCUUCAGGUUUUAUGUUAGACGAACUGACGGACACAUACAUAGAUACUGAUGGAAAGUGAGAGGGAUGAGGAUUAUCCUAUUGGUGUACUUAUCGAAGAACUUCGUGGUGAAGACUUACACGUCCGUCUUCAUAGCAUUCGCAAAAUCUCAACUAUUGCCUUAGCUCUUGGCCCGGAAAAGACCAGAUCCCAACUAAUACCGUUUCUGACAGAGACAAUAUAUGAUGAAGAUGAAGUACUGCUCACUUUAGCAGAACAAAUCGGAACUCUAGUUCCAUAUGUAGGCGGUCCUGAGUAUGCCCACUCACUUCUUCCUCCACUUGAGAGUCUUGCAGCAGUUGAAGAAACGGUUGUACGUGACAGGGCUGUAGAGGCACUCAGGAAGCUUGCACCAGAACAUACUACAGAAGCAAUGGAAAAAUAUUUCAACCCAUUGUUACAUCGUCUAGCUACUGGUGAUUGGUUCACAAGCCGAACCUCUGCAUGCGCUCUCUUUAGUGUAGUAUAUCCUAGAGUAAGGAGCUCAAAAAGAUGGGAAUUACUUGAUUUUCUUCGGAGACUAGCCAAGGAUGAAACACCGAUGGUCAGAAGAGCAGUCGCCGCCCGACUAGGUGAAUUAGCACUAGCCAUGUCAGUAGGUCAAUCUUCCGAGAAACCUAGUGCUGAUGGAGAAAAAUCAAGUCAGAUAUCUGAGCAUAAUUCAAAUAAUAUGACCACUUCUAUCACUGAAUCAAAAUUAUCAACAAAUGAAGUGGUUAGUUUGAACAGUGGCCAAUUUAGUUGUGGAGUUGCUACUGAUGAACGUUUGACUAAUGAUAGCGUAGCUGAAAAAUCAUCGACUCUUGCAAAUCCUCUUCAAUCUGAUGACUUUACUCUAGACCCUGAGAAAGAAAGGAGUUAUAUUAUUACUAUACUUGUUCCCUUAUUUGUUCGACUAGUUGAUGACGAACAAGAGUCUGUACGCCUUAUGGCAGUUGAAUCUAUUGUUCAAUUGGCACAAGCAUUGGGACCUGAAGAAUCUGAGGGUUAUUUAAUUGAUCUCAUCCAACAAGCUACAACUGAUAGAUCUUGGCGUGUUCGAUGUGUUGUAGCCGAUAAAUUUACGGAAAUUCAGACAGCUAUGGGUUUACGAGUUUCACGUGAACGAUUGGUGCCUUUCUUCAUGAAACUACUUCAUGAUGAAGAAGCUGAAGUACGAGCAUUUGCUGCUGGAAAAGUAAAAGCAUUUGCCAAAUGUCUACUAGGUUUACCUAUUGAUUCUGAUAUGAAUACUACUGAUAAAACUACUAAUUCUGAUACAAAAGAUUGUAAAAAUUCUUCUACACCAAUAACAUUAGAUAACAAAAUGAUGGAAAUUGAUGAGAAAUUUGAAUCAGUCAAUAAUCUUAAUGAUAAUAAUAAUAAUAAUAAUGGUCUAGCAUCUAAAGAUGACAUAAUUAUGUUACAAUUACUACCAGCAAUUAAAAGUCUUACAAAUGAAUCAAAUACUCAUGUAAAAUCUUCUUUAGCUAAUGCUAUUCUUGGUUUAGCUCCAUUAAUUGGUAAAAAUUUAACAAUUGAACAUUUAUUACCUAUAUUUCUUGCUCAAUUAAAUGAUGAUAAUCCAGAAGUUCGAUUAAAUGUAAUAUCAAAUUUAGAACAAGUUAAUUCAAUUAUUGGAAUUGAUCAUUUAACUAUUAAUUUAUUACCAGCUAUUAUACAAUUAGCUGAAGAUCCAAAAUGGCGUGUUCGUUUAGCUAUUAUUGAAUAUAUGCCAUUAUUAGCGGAACAAUUAGGUUUAGAAUUUUUUAAUAAUCAAUUAAUUGAAUUAUGUUUAUCAUGGCUUAUUGAUCAAGUUUAUGCAAUUAGAGAAGCAGCUGUUGAAAAUCUUGUAAAUUUAUGUAAAAAAUUUGGAUCGGAAUGGGCUAGUCAAUACUUUAUACCAAAAAUUAUCCACUUGUCACGUGAUGAAAAUUAUCUUCAUCGUAUGAUUUGUUUACAAAGUAUUAUAAGUUUAUGUAAAGUUGUCAGUCCAACAAUUUGUUGUCAAUAUUUAUUACCUACUGUUUUAUCAAUGCAUACAGAUAAUGUACCUAAUGUUCGUUUUAAAGUAAGUAAAUUCUUAUUAUCAUUAUCAAUAAUCAUUCAUGUUUCAAUUCAUUUUUAAUAAGUAUAGUUCAUGAGAUAUUCUUUAAUUUUUUUUUUUUAUUUUUUUUAAAUUCUAUAUUCAAUUAUUAUACCAUAAUAUGUAAAAUAGUAAAUUCUAAUCAACCUGUAAAAUUUGUCAUUAAAAAGUGUAUAUUUCAGUCCAUAGUUAUAACAUCAUCGUCACAUGUGAAUAUAAAAUGAAGAAAGUCAAUUAAUAAGAAGGUAGAAAUUAAAUGAUUCAAAGUAAAUUGUAUUAUAAAUGUAAUAAUAAAAAAAUUAGGUAUAAGGAAUAUAUUUGUCAAACUAUGUAGUUUUUUUUUGUUAUUAGUUUUAAUGAUUACAGUUGAUCAGAUUCUAAGCGAAUGGGCUCAUUAUUGUUAUUUAAUAAAGAUAGUUAGUGGGUAGUAAUAGAGUUCUGGACGUAUUUUCCCCUCUAUUUAGAACCCGUUAUCUUCAUGUAUCUGCAUACUGGUAUUUAUGUUUACACUGAAACCUGAACAACGGGGAAAUACGUAAACUUAAAAAAUAAAAUUUUUUCCUCGUUACACAAAAUGGUGAUUGUUUGGACUAUAUGUUUUCAUGGAUAGUGUAUUGGCGUUUUGAGCUAAAAGUAUCAUGUUCAAGUCUCAACAUGAAAAUCGACUCCAAUGUAUAGGUUUAUCUGGAUGAUAAUUUUAAAAUGGAACGAAAUGUAGAUCCUGAGUUCUACUGUUAGUCACUGUCCAACUUUAAUAAAGACAUUAAAUAUAAUUCAGAGAAAGCAUAUGAAAUACAUAUAUGAAUUGAAAUUCGAAAUUAACAGGAGGAUGUAAAUGAAUCUGGACUACUAAUCAACCAGUUUUCAGCCGUCACACAAGAUCUUAUCGAACAUAAUAACAAAGCGUGUGAUUUUAUGUUAUGUUCAGUUACACUUGAACUAUCAAUACUUAAUAGGUUGGCGAUAAUUCGGAUUAAUCCAACCUGAUUUAGAUGAGACACACUGUUAGCUUCAAUUGUGGAUAGACUAGUCUAUGAAUUGAGAUUAAUGAACUGUUCAUAUCUAAUCACCUCUUAACGACAAAUGUUUGGAUUGCGCACAGAGAAACCUGCUCAAAAUGUUUAUUCAAAAACAACAAUCAUCUAAAAUGUCUGUAUUAUUUAUUUACACUCAGGGAGUUGCUCAAGCACUUAGCAAUUUAGGUUCACAAUUAGAAGAGAAAAAUAUUGAAAAUGAAGUUAAAUCUUGUUUAACUCGUUUAGCUGAAGAUUCUGAUACUGAUGUGAAAUUCUAUGCCUUUGAAGCUAUGGAUACAUUGAAGAUAACAACAAGCAGUAAACCGUUUCAAUGUUAUUAUAUUAAAGUUAAACAGAAUAAUAAUAGUAAUGAUAAUAAUCCAACUUAUAUUCAAACUGAACUACUGCCAUCAUCAACAACAACAGUGACAGCGGCUGGAUUCGACGAAGUUGAAACUGUCAAUUCAUCAUCAUCACCAUCUGAGCUAACAAACCAUUGUAAUAUUGAUGAUCAGUCUUUGUCGUCGCUUAGUAUUGUCAAUGAUUUGACUACUAGUCCUAUAGAAAAUACCGUUGAGGAUAAUAAUGAUAAUAAUUCGUUCCUAAAAUCACAAUCUUCUACUUUAGUCAAUAAUACCAACAGUGUUGACGAUAAUGUAAAUUGUGAAAAUUAAUGUCAAAAGACAAUUUCUACUAUUAUAACCCAAUCAGUUUUCUUUUUGUGUCUAUCCGUAUUAUUUGUGUUAUGUGUUAAGAGAGAGAGAGAGAGCCAAAACAGCUGACAGUUGGUUAACAAAUAUACAAUUUAUCAAUCUAUAUGCUUGUGUAUAUGUGUACCUAUCCGCCACACAAACAUACUUAUACCUGUUAUUCCUCAUGGAGGAGCACAGGCCUACUUACAUACACUCCCCUCCUGUAUGAUAUACACCGUAUACUGAUUAUGCGUAUUAAGUACAGCCAUGCUGUUUGUGACGAUGAGUUCGACUGGUUUUCUUUUUUUGUUUUCUAAAACAAUUUUCCCCAUUAAUUCUGUAAUGGAUAAUAAUCGUCAUCAUUAUAAUUACCAUUCUCUUUUAAUUGUGAUGACUACAAUUUUUGUUGCCCGCAUGACAUUUAAUUAAUUUUAUAUUGGUUUGUUUAUUUUUUAAUUAAAAAAUAAAUCGUUAUUCCAUAUUUUGUAAACUGUUAGCCAUAUACAUAUAUAGACGUGUUUACUAAUUGACAUGAAUUGAAUUCUCAAUAAUCAGUUUGUUUGUUUAUUGUUUGAUUGAUGAAGAGAGGGGGUGGUGGUGGUGAGAAAACUACCAUCUGAACAAAUGAUACAUUAUUAUCAUUAUUAUUACUGCCAUGGAAUAUAAGCAUUAGUUGUAUUUAAAUGAUCAAGUCAUGUAUUAUACACAACUUUUAAUUUCUUUCUUAUUAGCUUUUAUCUUUUAAACUGUUUUCUUUUGCCCUUUCCACUCCCCCCCCCUCAUAACCAACUUCAUAGUUCGUUUUACUAUGAAUGUAUUUGAAAGUGAUUAUUAGAAUUGAAUCACAUUGUUAAAUCAAACAUUGUUUACUAUUUACUGUUUAUAUUGGUUUGUUAACCUUUUCAUAUAAUUCUUUACACUUAUAUUUGAUUAUGCGUAUGUUUAUGUCAAUUUAUUACAAUAAUUACAUUUCUUUAUUUCUAUCUAUCUCAUUUUUUUUGUUGUUGUUGUUAUCUAUUUUAAAAUGUGUGCCUUGAUACAUGAUCAUAAUGAUACAUUCUUGUUUAAAAUAAAUGAAAUGAUGAUUAGUAAUAAUAUGUCUGUUGUAACUAUGAAGAGAGAUAUGAUUAUUU